AUGAAUGUGAAAUCAACCGAACAAAUUAAUGUUAAUACUGUUGCUCGUUCUCUAGCACAUCAUCUAUUCUAUGCUGGUCUUAUUGGUCAGAUCCUUGUUGGUAUGAUUUAUGCUAGACCACUAGCAAAUAUUUUAAAACCAGAAUGGGAACAAACAAUACUCGAUUUUGGUUAUAUAGGAUUAUUAUUAGUCGUAUUUGAAGGUGGUCUAGAAACACGUCUUGAUUUCUUAGCUGUCAAAAGUAACUUAUUUCUGUCAUCUGUCAUUGGUAUAACUGGAAUUAUAACACCCAUUGGUUUAUCAAUUAUUUUAUGUACAUUUGGAUUUAAAUUUAAUUUGUUAGAAUCAUUUACGAUGGGUGCUAGUCUAAGUGCAACAAGUCUUGGUACAACAUUUGCUAUUCUAUCAUCACAUGGCGAAUAUCAAUUAAAUAAAAGUCGUAUGGGUACAAUUCUUGUUGGUGCAGCAUUAUUAGAUGAUAUAUCUGGAUUAGUUAUUGCAAGUGUUAUUGAAAAACUUGGACAUUUAGGUCAACAAAAUCUUCCAUGGUUAAUUUCAAAGCCAAUUGUAUCAUCAAUAGCUAUGAUUGUCAUAUCUGCCUUGUUAGCACGUUUAUUACUUGGACGAUUAUGGAUAAAAAUAAAUUUCCAAAAUGCGAUUAUCAAACGUUAUUUAGAUCAUCUACUUUUAUUCUGUUUAAUUUCUACAUUAUCAGCAACUGUUACAAUUGCAGCGUAUACGGGUGCAUCAACACUUGUUGGUGCAUAUUGUUGUGGAGCUCUAUUACGUUAUCUUGAUGAUUGUCAAAGGAAACAUUCAAAUGAAACUGAACAGAAUGAUACAGUAUUAUUUACACAUGUCUUUGAAAAAUAUAUUAAAGUAGUAAAAGAAUAUAUAUUUGCACCUUUCUUCUUUGCAUCGAUUGGCUUUGCUGUACCCUUUCUCGAUUUAUGGCAUGGACAAGAAUUAUGGCAAGGUAUCUUGUAUGCAUUAUUGAUGAUUUUUGGCAAAAUUAUCACUGGAGUAUGGAUUAUUAUUUGGACAUAUGUUUCACCUCACUGGAAAAAACCAGUAGCAGUAAAUAUUGCAUCGACAAUACCAACUGAAAUAUCAAUGAUUGAACGACCACCAACACUGCCACUAUCUACUUCAUCGCCUGUACUCAUCACUCAUCGAAAUAUAUCUUCUGAUGUUCCUCAAAACAAUACAACUGAAACAAUUGCACCAUCAGUAACAGUAAAAAAAUCAAGAAGUGUUUAUCCUGCUUUACUUGUUGGUUUAAGUAUGGUAUCGCGUGGUGAAAUCGGUUUUCUCAUUGCAAAUAUUGGUGUCUCAACAAGUAUUUUAUCAGCAAAAGCAUUUAUUGUUACAAUUUGGGCUAUACUAUUAAAUACAAUUCUGGGCCCGAUUGCUGUCGGAUUGACAAUCAAAAUAUUAGGAUCAAAAUUAAGCGAUGGAUUAUGGAUUGACUGA